AAAAAAAGGCGGAAUGGAAGGAAAGCGAAAAACAAAGUCGUGCAUGGCGAUGCUCAUCCGAGCAUGAAGGGGAUCGCAUAAAAGUGGAGAGUUCUCGCUCUCAAUCCUGACAUGCGAGGAUGAAAAUGCCCAGGCCUUUUCCGGUGGAGAAUCCCCUCCGAUUUCGACUGUGGGAUCUCCAAACUCAACGCCUCGGUCUUGGACCCCCAUAUCCUCAACGAUUCCUCGAUAUGUUGUACCUGACCCCGGUUUUCCUGGCCAUGAUGGCCCUACCAAGCCCGACCGAGACCCGAAGCUCAGAAGGGGUUGGCUUCUCCUCGAUGGGAUUCGCCGAUCGGCUCGGUCGUGCCUCUGGCAUCGACGACCGUCGAUUCGUUUUCGGGCCCGGUUUUCCUACGAGAAGAGGGGACAAAGUCCCAAAUUAUUUCAUGUAUUACCCUCAGAUGAUGUCCCAUCGGGGCAAGACCUCUCCGUACGCCUACUACCGCCCCGUUCUCUCCUACUUCUACCUCCCCCAAAACAGCAAGUACGAAUCGAACCCGAUGGAAUACUAUGACAGCGUUGACUCUUUAGAUAUCGACGAACUACUUGGAAGUCCUAAGAGGAAGAAGGUCUCGAUUUCGGGCUCCAGUUCCGGAUAUGGUCACGCCAUGACCACAAUGACUAAGGCCAAAACAAAAAAGAAAAAGGGAUCAGACGGAGGGAAAAAGAAAAAGAAAAAAAAUAAGGGGAGCACGAAGUGGGGUGCAUCGAUGAGUGGAUGGGGUGGAGGAGGAGGAGGAGAAAAACAAUCAUCUGUGGAGGUGGGGCCAGCAGUGGCGGAGGUGGAAGCGGCAGUGGUGGAGGAGGAGGCCAUAGCGGUGGUGGCGAAAACGGGAGUGGUGGAGGUGGAAGCGACAGCAGUGGAGGCGGAGGCCACGCCGGUGGAGGCGAAGGCCACGCCGGUGGAGGCGGUGGUUGGAGUGGUGGAGGUGGAGGUAACAGUGGAGGAGGGGGCGGAGGAGGCGGAGGAGGUGGAAGCGAGAGCAGUGGAGGAGGCGGAAGCGAGAACAGUG